AUGGUCAUCACCUUGGCGCUCGUCGCCGGCAUGUACGCCAUGCUUAUCGUGUACCAGAAUAAACGCACCAUCACCGUCAAAGGCAGGCGUAUAUUUAACGCGGUGACCACGGCCAUACUGAUUCUACUGGUGAUCAACGUGUUUUCGUCCCUUGGCGAGGCUACGUUGAAUAUUCGCUGGUACAUCUUGAGCCGGCGGUAUCGGCCGGUUAAACAGGUGCGUCCCAGAUUGCUCUUGCUUGCUUUAUCGGAGCUCGUCUCGCGCCCCGUCUAUAGGGCUCGCGACAGGGAGCAAAAGGCCAUAACCAUGGCCGUGCAGAUCGCGUACGCGUCCAUGACCCUAACGUACGGGAUGUCGAGCAACUGGGACAUGGCGCUGUUGAAGCCAGGCAAAAUCUCGAUCCCCGAGCUCAGCAACAUCAGCACGCUGAACCUCGUGGCGCCCAGCAAUAUUCUACAUCAAGGCCAGCAAUACCUCGCCAACAGGUACGGCUUGAUAUCACUAACGUACGGAACGGCGUUUAUGGAGGACCAGCCCGUCCCGAGACAGCUCUGGUACUCGAGCGACCCCGCCUCCUUCGACGACCCCAACUACGGCCUCAUCAGCGCCGUCUCGAACCGCAGCAUCAACGCCAGCACCAACUGCGACGCCUGGCCCAUCGUCUGGGGCGGCGACGGCGGCAAUGGCAACAUCACGUUCCGGACGGACGACGGGGACCUGGAAUUCUCCGUGCCCUGGCAGGGGUUUCAAAAUCGCGCCACGUUCCUGCUGGACACGGAGCGCGACUGUGGGCCCCGGUGCAGCGUCAUCAACGUGUUCGAGUCCUCGUUCACGUCACCUUGGUUCUACGAGUGCAACGUCACCAUCGGCGCCGUCGCCAACGUGACGCGGGAGAUUGAGCAAGUCGGCCCCGCGCUCGCGCAGCUGGCGUCGCAGAGCAUCGCCCUGCGCGGCUAUACGUACACUUUUACAUCCACCAACGCGACAACCGCCGACGAUGGCGACAGCGACGACGAACUCCAGUACGCCGUGUACCCGGCUGAGACGUACAUAGGGCAGCCCCAGAACGGAUCGACCGAGACCAUGGGCCUCAUCAUCUCGCGCUUCAGCGUCGGCGUCAUCGCCGUGGCGGCCCGGGACAAUGACAAAAUCUCCGUGGACGGGCACGAGCCCUUUGUCGGGGCCGAGCUUACCGUGUCGCACUGGGACUGGGCCAACGCCAUCCUCAUCCUCACCGCCAUCGCUCAGGUCGCCAUGGCCCUCGUCAACUUUUGGGUCACGCGCAAGGUGAUCCUGCCUUCCAACGGCAUCGUCGACGAGGCGCGGAUCUUGCGGCCGAUGAUGGUGGAGGAGGGCCUGUUGCGGACGUCGCGCGCGCGGGUCUUGCCCAAGGUGAAGUCGACGAAGCCCCCGUCGGAUUGCGAGAAUCAUUCCCUCGGCCAUGACAUAUCGCUCGAAACCGAUUGGCGAGCCUGGGUUGGAAACGUCGGACAGCUUCUGGAGAGGAAGCUAGCGGAGUCCGGGCGCGGAGCGGAGCUAGGGCCGAAGAAGCAGCGGGUCAACAGACGAAAUAUCGCUAAACUCUGCCGGUUUUCCGUGCCUCUCUGCGCCAGGUACUUGGAGCACCUCUCACCGCCGGACUUCCCCACGGACAUGAACAGCGACAGUGGCGCCCUCGUUCGUCCACCACGCGUUGCCUCCCUGCAAGUUGGGACAUUGACGGGCGAGCUAAACAAAGAGCAGCUUGAUCGUUCCCGGCCUCCCCUGAUCCUCAUCUACCUCGGCCUCCUCGUCGUCCCGGGCCUCGUCUUUGGCGCGCUCAAGCGCUUCUCCAGCCUCCAGCCCGAGUCGAAGCCCUGCCGCGAGAUCAAGGACGGCAAGUUCCCCGGGCCCAAGCACAUGCUGGGCCAAAAGUUUGUCAUCAUCUCGGACGAGAAGCUGGCGCAGGAGCUCCUCGUCAAGAAGGGCAACAGCUUCGCGGGACGACCCCAGAUCCGUGCCCUAAUCAACCACAAGGCCGGACCCGUCUACUCGGCCCUCAUGGACAGACAUGAAAUGUGGACAUACCAGCGCAAAUGGGUCCACUCCGCCAUGGCCAACGCCCACAGCAACCACUUCUACGGCCACAUCGAGAGCGAAGUCAAGCGCUUCAUGGCCACCCUCGUGCUCGACCCGGACAAGUUCCACAGCAACAUCCGCGAGCUCACCGGCCGCAUCAUGUCCCGCCUCGCCUGGGACGACGCCACCCAGGGCAAGAUGAACGGCGACCAGGCCAUCGAGACCCUCACCCGCAUGUCCGUGUCCGGGCCCAUCGUCAACACCGUCACCCCGCUCUGGCACAUUGGCGAUUUUCUCCGCUUCAACCCCUGGCGCCGCUACGAGAUCCGCCGCGAGCGCAACCUCAAGGCCUGGUGGGUCACCCUCGUCCGCAGCGCCCGCGCCCGCUACAUGCGCGGCGAGCUCCCCGAGGAUACCUGGACCUACCGCUACUUUGAGCAGGUCAAGGCCUCCGGAAACACGGAUGUCAACCUCAGCCCCACCGACGAGGAGACCACCGGCUGCAUGCUCGGUUUUCAGUGCCUGGUCGGCGUCGUCACGCUCUCCGGCCCUACGCAGUUCUUCUUCAUGUGCAUGGCCCUGCACCCCGAGUGGCUCAAGAAGUGCCAGGAGGAGGUCGAUCGCGUCUGCGGGGACCGAUUGCCUACCGUUGCCGAUUCUCCUAACCUUCCUACUGUCCGCGCUUGUUUGAAGGAGACCCUCCGUUGGCGCUCUGGCGUCCCUCUCGGCGUCCCCCACCAAUGCGAAAAGGAUUCCGAAUUCAAGGGCGUCAAGAUUGAAAAGGGCACCAUCGUCCUCGCCUGCGAAUGGAACAUGAACCGCGUCGAAUCCGAAUACCCCGACCCCGAAAACUACCACCCCGAGCGCUACCUCGACCCUUCCUUCCCCUCCUACCAGGAACCCCUCACCAAGUACCCCAACUUCCGCGACGGCAAGGGCAUGCACACGUUCGGCUGGGGCCGCCGCACCUGCCUCGGCCAAACCAUUGUCGACGACGAGCUCGUCGUCACCGGCGCCUCCCUCGCCUGGGGCUUCGACGUGUCCCGCAAGGUCUGCCCCGCCACCGGUCGCCCCAUCGACUUCGACACCCAGGCCACCAACUCCAACGUCAUCCUCGAGCCCUUGCCCUUCCCCAUCGAUAUCCGGCCCCGCAGCGACGCCAAGGCGAGGGAGAUCCUCGCCCAGUACGCCGAGAUUAGGCCCUUCCUCAAAGUCUAA